AUGUCUCUCUGUCUGGAGCAUCAGCUCCCACCAAGCGAAGACCCAUGGUAUUCUGCGCCCGAUGGCUGGAGAAUUAGACAACCCGGCGAUGUCCUCCGCAUUCGUUCCGCACCAAACCUCACCAGAAUCGUGGAUGGCGCCAUAGCUGUAUAUCACAUCCUUUACCGCUCAACAGACUCACGGGGUCAUACAUCAUGGGCUGUCGCUACGCUCUUCAUUCCAACUUCGCUGUACCAAUCUCCAUCCGGAAAAGCAGCUAUUCUCUCAUAUCAGUUCGCGUACAACACAUGCAACGUCGACUCCAGCCCUUCAUACGCUUUGUCUGGAGUGAUGGCGAAAAGCGAACCGAAUCUUGGUAUUAAAUCAAGCACUUCUUUGAUCACUGAGAUGCUCUCUUUUGGGUGGAUCGUCAACACUCCAGAUCACCUUGGACCGAACGCUGCAUUUGGCGCAAGUGUACAGGCAGGCCAUGCGACUCUCGACGCCUUACACGCUGUUCAUAAUCUUCUUAGUUUGGGGGAUAAUUCAGGCUUCAGCACUGCGACAUGGGGAUACAGCGGUGGCUCAAUCGCGACGUUCUCCGCGGCCGAGUUGCAGCCAUCCUAUGCGCCAAAGCUCAAUAUCUCAGCAGCUGUUGUAAGUGGUCUCGUGGAUGACAUAUCCGCCGCACUGGACAAGAUUAACAAAAGCCCUAUCGCUGGGACUCUGAUUGCCCUCUUGCUAGGAAUUAUAGCGCAUUAUCCUGAAGAACGAGCUUACCUAGAAACUCGUCUUUUACCGGGGAAGAAGGACGAGUUUAUGUCAGUCGUGAACACCGAGGUUACUCAAAAUGUGGGCAAAUACUCCGGGCAGGACAUUUACGCGUUCUUCAAGGGUGGAGGUGCGGAUCUAAGAGCUCCGAUUUUACAAGAACUCUACGAUAAGCAAGCAAAGCUGGGAUACAGAGAUACGCCCAAGAUGCCCAUAUUUCUGUACAAGGCUAUACAGGAUCAGUUCUGCACUAUAGACCUUACCGAUGCGACGGUUGAUAGACUCUGUGAGAAAGGAGCGGAGAUUACCUUUGAGAGGAAUACAGUGGGGAGUCAUGUCUCUGAGAUUGAGAACGGAAAGCCAAGAGCGUUUGGGUUUCUGCGGAGUAUCUUUGAUGAGUCAUACGAGUCUCCUGCAUGGAAGCGGAAUGUGUUGAAUGUCACGGUUGAUAUGUCUUUGCAGAAUAAGUGA